AUGCUGUCCAGAGUAAGCAUACGGUCCGGUUUAAGACUAUCGAGCCAGGCAAAUAAACUGGGAUCGAGGAAUUUGAUGGUAUACCAUCGUUUGCACAAUGUUUCAUCUGAUGGUAAUUUGCAGGGUCUCAAUGAGGCUAAAGAUGAAGUAACCAAACGUAAGCCGCUCAGUAGGAUUGCCAUAGGCGGCACUGCAAGCCAGUCUCAAAAGGCAAGUGGUGGUGGUAGCGGUUCUAUCGAGUUUGCCACUUGGAAAGCGACAGCUCUUGUGUUGACUCUGGGGGGUACACUGUACUAUUUUUUUGCCAAAGAGAAGCGAAGAUUGGAAAUCGAAAAGGAAGCAGAGGCAAACAGAGGGUACGGCAAGCCGUUGGUUGGCGGACCUUUCAAAUUGGUCGAUUUUAACGGUGAUGAAUUUACCGAACAAAACCUUUUAGGCAAAUUCUCUAUUAUCUACUUUGGAUUUUCGCACUGUCCAGACAUAUGUCCCGAUGAGCUUGACAAGCUGAGCGUCUGGCUUGACGGACUGAAAAAAAAGGGUAUUGAAAUUCAGCCUAUUUUUAUCACCUGCGAUCCUGCCAGAGAUCCACCACAUGUUCUGAAGGAAUACCUGAGUGAGUUUCACCCCGAUAUGAUAGGUCUGACGGGCGACUAUGAAGCAGUUAAACAGGCUUGCAAGAAGUAUCGCGUAUAUUUUUCGACUCCUCCAUCGUUAAAACCGGGCCAAGAUUAUUUAGUUGAUCACUCUAUCUUCUUUUACCUGAUGGACCCUGAAGGCCAGUUUAUCGACGCCUUAGGGAGACAAUACGAUGAGCAAACCGGGGUUGCCAAGAUUCAAGAACAUGUCAACGCGUAUGCUCCGAAGGAACAACGUGAAAAACGCAAGGAAAAGUGGUAUUCAUUUCUUUUCAACUGA